AUGGCUGGCGCUGGGAGACAUGAACACGGGCUUUUUUCAUGCCAGUACAAAGGGGACGUAGGGCUCGCAACAGACUAUCAGUCAUCGAGGACUCCGCUGGUGUUCCCGUUGUUGAAGAUGAUCAAAUUACAGAGGCUCAUUGAAAUCCCCUCUCCUACGGAAAUCCGAGAAACUCUGUUUGAAAUCCACCCAGAUAAGGCUCCGGGCCCUGAUGGUUUCUCAGCAGCUUUCUUCCACCCUCACUGGGAUACAGUAGGACCUGCUAUAUGCAAUGAAAUACAAAUCUUCUUCAGAACAGGACAACUACCACAUUCGAUCAACGAAACUCACAUAUGUUUGAUACCGAAGAUCCAGAGCCCUAGGGUAGUCUCAGAUUAUAGACCUAUUGCGCUUUGCAAUGUCUAUUAUAAGAUAAUUUCUAAGAUUCUAUCUCUGAGGCUAGAACCUAUUCUACAACAUGUUGUAUCUGAGAAUCAAUCGGCGUUCAUACCUGGAAGAAUCAUCACUGACAACAUCUUGAUCACUCAUGAAGUCCUCAACUACCUCAAGAUAUCUACAGCUAAAAAGAGAUGUGGCAUGGCAAUAAAGACUGAUGUUAGCAAAGCCUACGACAUGUUGGAAUGUAAUUUUAUUCAAUUUGUCCUAGAAAAAAUGGGUUUCCAUCAGACUUGGAUCCAUUGGAUGAUGCAAUGCAUAAAGACAGUCUCCUAUUCUUUUCUUAUAAACAAUGUGGUUAGUGGAAAAGUCUUACCUCAAAGGGGCAUACGCCAGGGCGAUCCUCUGUCCCCCUAUAUCUUCAUUCUCUACGGGGAAGUACUCUCAGGUCUCUGCAGGAAAGCUCAAUCAGACGGUACACUAGCAGGCAUUAGAGUGGCCGAAAACAGUCCGAGAAUUAAUCACCUGCUAUUCGCAGAUGAUACCAUGAUAUUCACCUACUCCAAUGCCCACUGCUGCACUGCUUUGUCCUCAAUUGUACACAAAUAUGAACUAGUAUCAGGGCAAAAGACCAACCCUGAGAAGUAUUCAAUCACAUUUUCAUCAAAGACUCCACCGGAGGUUAAGAUCCAAGUGAAGACUCUAUUAGGGAUUGAUAAGGAAAGCGGAGUGGGGAAGUAUUUGGGCUUACAAGAACACUUUGGACGGAAGAAGAGAGACCUCUUCGCCUCAAUUGUAGACAAGAUCAAGCAACGCUCCAUUAGCUGGACCACGAGGUUCCUCUCAACUGCAGGCAAGGCUACAAUGCUGCAAGCCGUCUUGUCAUCAGUUCCAACCUUUGCGAUGUCAGCUUUCCAACUACCGGUGAGCCUGUGUAAGAAAAUUCAAUCAGUCCUAACGAGAUUUUGGUGGGAUUCUUCAGAUGGAAAAAGAAAAAUUUGUUGGGUAUCGUGGGAAAACCUCACAAAUCCAAAAUCUCUAGGCGGCCUAGGAUUUCGCGACAUCAUCCUCUUCAACCAGGCACUCUUAGCUAAGAUAGCUUGGAGACUGAUAACAAAACCGGAUUGUCUCUUGGCCCGUGUUCUACUGGGCAAGUACUGCCAUAAAUCUUCCUUCCUCAAAGUCAAUCAUAGUACCUCAUCUCACGGUUGGGAAGGCAUUCUUUGGAGACGUGAUCUACUCCUCAACCACCUAGGAAAGUCUAUCGGCAAUGGGGAAACAACUAGGGUUUGGGAAGACCCUUGGAUCCCAUCUGCUCCAUCGCCAAUGCCCUAUGGACCUAUACAAGAAAAAGAUCAAGACCUUAUGGUGUCAGACCUCCUCACAAGAGAAACAAAGGAAUGGAAUGUACUCUUGAUCAAUGAGCGCUUACCAGUGCUACUUCACCAUAUCCAACUGAUCAAACCCAGCCUCCUAGGAGCUCCAGAUGCAUACAUAUGGAAGGCAGAUAAAUCUAGCUCAUACUCAGUUAAGUCAGGAUAUAACUCACUGCAUUACCCUUGCUCCCGACCAACAGUACCACUCAGAAGACUGCUAACAGAGCCACAAAACGAUCCCAACAACAACAAUGCAGCCGUUACUGUCGCUCCGGAUAACAACUCGGGAGACUUUAACUGGAAGAAAAACGUCUGGAAUAUACCUUUUUCCCCAAAGCUCAAGAUGUUCCUGUGGAAAGCGGCUCAAGACUCACUCCCUACAGGAGACCACGCUACACGCCCUCUUCAACUGUCGCUUUGCGCAAGAUGUUUGGAAGUUAUGACCAUGGGAGAGCUAUAUGGAUCACAAUUCACUCAACACCUUCCGAAGGCUCCUGGUGGGCUCACAAAGAAAGAAGAACCUCCCACCAUAUGGAGUCUCCAUCAAUCUUCUCCCCUGGAUUUGACACAUUCACCACAGGAGACCUUCAACAAAGCUAUCUAUUUGGCGAGGGAAUGGGAAAAUGCCCAAAACCCCAAGUCAGCAAGAGGACCUUCUACCAUCGCAGCCCCGCAGCACCCGACUGAAACAAGCUCUGCAAUCCGAUGUAACACAGACGCGGCCUGGAGAUCGGACUCAACAACAACAGGAAUCAGCUGGAUCUUCACAGCUCCAUCUACUGUGGAAGUCAAUAGGGGAUCGAAGAUUCAGAUGCAUGUAUCCUCCCCGCUUCUCGCAGAAGCCUUAGCCAUCAGGGAAGUUCUCCAACAGGCGAUCUCCCUCAAGCUCACUCAUAUCUGGGUACGCUUAGACUCCCAAGUGCUCGUUAGAGCAAUCGACCGGAAUCGAAGUUCAUCGGAACUCCACGAAGUUCUCUCGGACAUCACCGGCCUCACGUCGUCGUUUAAUUUCUAUUUCUUUUCUUUCACUCCUAGAAACUCAAAUGGGCCUGCAGAUGCCAUAGCAAAGGCCUGCCUUGCAAACUUUGUAUCAUCUGGACUUACUUUUUAUUAA